UGCAAAUGUUGCACGAAAAAGUGGAGACUAUCGCUGCUAACCAAACGAAGUUAAACCUAUACAUGAUGCCAAACGAAAAAGUUAUGUCAAGACCUGCUGGGCUUCCAAUACUUCCUUUAAAAAAUUCGUCCGAGCUUCAAGUAAUGGAAAACUAUUUAAAGAAAAAUGAUGACAAUGUCUUUAAUACGUCAAUUUAUCUCAGUAAUUACGUAUUUCGAGAACCAAAUAAGGAGAAGCGAUUCGCCAUGCGCUUAAUGAAGCAUAUUUUUAACAACACUUUGGGUGCUCAAUUUAAUUUUAAAGGUCAAGGCGAGAAACGGGGAUUUGAGGCUUUAACUUUAUGGCAGGUUCUCAAAGGUGCAGCAGCACUGAAGCUGGAAAGUUCUGACCUCCAUCAAUUUGAGGCAGGGGUCAAAAGUUGGUUAAAGGAUGUACCUUGGAGGGACCAGCAACAAUCGCUCAAAAACCGAAACUAAUGAAAUAAAUAUUU